AUCUUCCGUGAGGAGGUCGCCGAGUUCUGGUGCGUUUCCCCCUGGACAAUCGUAUCCUACAGCCUGCCAAAGUUCGCGGCGUACCUGUCCAAGAAGAGGACGAAGGCCCUGACAGAGGCUGUGGUUCUCGGCACAGCCAUGUCCAUAUAUCAAGGCACCCCACAGAAGCUUGAGCCUGGCGUAUCUGUGCAAAAUUUAGGCUAUGAAAUGACCUGGCAGAGCUGGCUAUGGUGGCAGGCUGGUGUCCUCAAGUCACGGGCACAGAAGAACGGCAAGAAGUGCGUGGUUAUGCAUUUGGAUGGCUCGGGAGAUGAGCUCUUGAACCACCCGAAGCCUUCGUCGGCCGAGCAGGACAUCGAGUCUGUGAUUCUACUCCUUGGUGGUCCUGAUGGUAUCAAGCCGGGAGUUGCUCGCGAGAUGCAGAGCAUUCUGUCGCAAAAGUCGCACGCCUACCUCAAGGUCAGGCUCCCUGGUGGAAAGCAGCAUUCCAACGUGGCUAUCGGAGAUCUGUUCAUGGCCCAUGAUCGGGGAAGCUUGCUGCAUGACGUUCAGCAGCGGCUGAAGAUGGGCAAAGAGAAAUAUGCAGAGUUCAAGGACGGUGUGUCCACUCUGAUGGACUUGAUCGCCGACAGCUACGAGAAUCACGAGGAGGCCAUGCAGAUGUUGCAGAAGCUCAAGGCCGCAGAGCUUCGAGAGUUCGAUGGAUGUUGCAAGCACCUGGCUGAGGGUUGGGCCUUGUCUUCCUGCUUAGAGAAGAAGUCUGAGUCUGAGAAGGGAGUCCCGGAAGGCAGUUGCUGCUGGGCAGAGACAUGUCGGGGCCUUGGCGGCUGA